UAGGUGACUGUGGUGCCUUGUAGCUGUCCCGGGAGCCCUCAGCAGCAGUUGGAGUUGGUGCACAGGAGGGAUGAGGAAGACCCAGCUCUGGGGGCUUUUUUUUUUUUUUUUUUUCUCAGAACUCCGAGCUGCAACUGAAUUAACUGAGUUUUUUUUUUUUUUUUUUGAGGGGCAGACCCUGGAGGUAAAAUGUGACUACGCACUACAGUUUUUUUUUUUUUUUUUUAAAGCUUGGCAGAAAAUGGAGGGAAAGAUGCCCAAGAUCCUGUUUUUUUUUUUUUUUUUUUCAGAGAAUUCCCAUCCAGUCCAAGUUGGGAGGAUCACACUAUUUUUUUUUUUUUUUUUUGGUUUACUGCAGGUCCGAAUGACCAACCUUCAAGUGGAAGACUUUUUUUUUUUUUUUUUUGUGAUCUACCAGCCUCCCAAGGAAUCUCACAUGCUGUUUAAUUUUUUUUUUUUUUUUUUUACCAAGGCUCCUUGUCUCUCAUCUGAGGUCCAAUAUGAGAAUUCUACCCAGAAUGUGUAUAGGAUUCCUCCUACCACUGCUAAGGCCUUGGGCCCACGCUAUACCAGCCCCAGAACCGUGACCCAAGCUCCACCCGAGUCAACUGUCGUUGUCUCCACUCCUGGCUCUGAAAUCAACCUUACAAAUGUGACAGAUUUUUUCAGGGUUCCGGUGUUCAAUAUUGUCAUUAUCGUUUUUUUUUUUUUUUUUUGUAAGAGCCUGGUCUUCUCUGUCCUGUUUGCUGUCACGCUGAGGUCAUUUGGACCCUAGACCCACGAACCCACGAGAACGUCCUCUGACUUCCAGC